GUUAAAAUAUAAAUACUGUCUUCAUAUAAGGAACAGUUUUGUGGGAGAUUGCAGGCACUUCUUUGUUUUAUUCAUUGACUUCCUGUUGUACAGGUAAAUAGUAAUCAAUGGACGAUGGAGGUGGAUUUUACUGAAAAAAUAAAAAGUGUUUUUGACGUUUGUGAUACAGAAGGAACUGGAUAUAUAACUGUUGAUCAUUUGAAAGAUUUAGCUAAAGAACAUUUUGGGGCUGACAACGAAGAGGAGACUGUAGGUAUUAUCCAGCUGUUGGACCCGGAGGGGAGAGGUCGUGUCAGCUUUCAGGACUUCUGUACAGGCGUACAACAGAUCCUCGAGGUUCAGGCAUCAUCAAAGCAGUCCACACCCACAAACUCUGGAAACCACUCAGACUUCAUCAGCUCAUUUCACGUCACGGAGCAUUCAACACCUGAGGCUCAAGACACAUCGGAAGCCAGUGCCUUCACAUAUAACGAGUACGACACCAACACAGAUGAGGAUGGGGGCCAGUUGUUGAUCGACUUCUCCACCCCCGAAACAUCAAGACGCCACCUUGCCCCCUCCCACGGUCAUAGCAGCGGCAGGUCCUCUGUUACAAGUAAAAUCGAUGACUACGAAGAUUAUGGAGUAGUUGAUCUCGAAUCAGAUUCUUCUGACGCUAAUUUAUCCUGCGACAGUUGUCACCGGUCCCGACGAAGUCCCAGACACAGACAUAAAGGUCCCAACAGAAGAAUUUCUUCAGCAGUGUACGCUAGUCAAUUGGCUCGUGGAGCGCGAAGUCCGCACGAGGAUAUUUAUGAUGACAUAGAUGGCAGUUUCCAGGAACUCACAGAUAGGAUAAAAUCCCUUGAAAAACAACUUGUAAAAGUCUCAGAUGAGAAGAGCAAUGAAGACAAUAUCAAACAUCGCUUCAAAGAUGAAAACAGCAUUCUUAUUAAAAGUGUAGUUGACAGAAUCCACUCCCUAGAAGAGCAGCUCAAAGACAUGGAGGUCAAGUCUGACGAUCGGGUCCGUGCAGAGCAGCGAAAACUGCACGAUAUUGUGGCAAAAAAUGUGAUCGAGAGUGAGAAGAUGGAUUACCUCACCCUGCGACUGCAAACCGUGGAAAAUGAGAAUGACCGGCUCAAGACCGACGUGGUGCGGUUAAAAAAUGAAAACGACAGGCUCCGAAUGGACAAGAUGGAGGUGUCAGACCGCCUUGCUGCCAUGGAGGAGGAUUUUAACAAGGUGUCCGCAGAAUACAACGAUAUCAUGUCCAAGUUUGACCGGGAACAGGUCAUGACAGGAAAUCUAUUGGAUGAGCUACAGAAGGAGCUAGAGGACCUCCGUCGGUACAAGAUUGAGUGUGAGCACCAACACCGACAUCCCGCCCGCUCUCCGUCUAUCUCAGAGAACGGGCACACACCUCUCCAGUCAGAGAUGCAGAAACUUAAGGAGACUUUAUGGCUGGAAUGGCGCGAUGCGGCUCAGGCAAACAAGCAUCUAGCUGAGGAGAAUGAGGAGUUGAACGCCCAGCUGCUGUACCAGGCUGUACGAGAGGGCCGCAACAUGCUGCAGGAGGGCAACUCCCUCGCUGAGGAGCUGGAGCACAUGACCAAGGAAGAGUUAAUGAAGUCCCUGAAGGAGCAACAAGAUGUUAACACCAGGCUGAGGCAGUAUGUGGACAAAAUAUUAUUAAACAUUUUAGAGAAAAACCCGGCCAUGCUGGAGAUCCACUGAGACUUCACUCAAAACCCAUGUGAUAUUUAUCACAAACCGUGCUCAUGUGCUUGUAUCGCAAACUGAUUUUGUGAUAUCAUCACUUUGUGAUAGAAACUACAAAAUAUCACAGUUGUUUGGUGAUACGAGAUUUUGUUUGGUUUUAAAUGGCAUUAUUUGUGGCGUACAUGGGCUUAACGAAGCUAACAUAAGAAUAAUAAUAAGAAGCUGAAGCUAAGUUGUGCUAACAGAUGCUAGCAGAUUUCAGUGUUGCUACCAGAAGAUCGCAGAUGACAGGAUCAGAUAGGAUUACAUGGACAAGUAUUUGUAGCAUGGAGACUAAUAGAGAAUAAUGAAUAAUUUUGACUAGUCAUGUUAAUGAGGGGUAAACAUAUGUGAAACAUAUUAGCAUUUGUAUGGGAGAAGGUUGCAACAUGAUGGAACCUCAAACUAGUAUCAAAUGCUUAUGGAUUUUGUUAAAAAGUUAUUCAGAACCAUUGAAGAGGUGAAUAUCAGAAUAUUUAAAUCCAUUUUAAGUCCUUUUGAAGGAUUCUUAUAAUACUGCAAGUGUGAAGAAUAUCUGAGCUGCCUUUGAUAAGAUUAAGAUUUGUAAGUCUUUAUAACCAGUGGAACAUUGCCAAUUUAUACACAAAGUCAUGUACACUAACCACAUGUACACAUUUUCUGAAAAUGUAUUAGUAAUUUUAAAUAGAGAAGUUGAAGUUUUGGUUAUUCUUUUCAUCUUUAUAAUUAACUGCAAUUUAUAUCAUUUAAUAGCUGUGUACAUCUAUGUGAUAUGUUAUUCCACUUAAGUUUUUGUUGUAGUGCAUUUGGAGAAGAACACUUAUUUACACUUUUAUACAUUCCAGUUUGGCAUGACCAUGUAAUUGUUAUUUAUCAAUUGAUUAUUUAACAUCUGACCAAUCAUUGUGGGAAAAUGUUUUGUUGUGUUCUUUUAAUGAAAAUGAUCAUAAGCGAAUAAUUAUGAUGAUAGAGAAUGCAGCCUUUCGCAUAUUUAUAUAUUAUAUUUUUCAUUGAAGAUUGGAUAUAUUUCACCUGUAUAUUCUCAUUUUUAGCUUGUAGUUUUGUUUGAAGAAAAAUGAGGUAUUGUGAUAGCUCUUGUGUUGUUUUUUACUCUGUGUCAUAACUUAAAAACUGUUGGAAGAUAAUUUUAUGAAACUUGGUACACAUGUUAACAGACAUAAAAUUCAAACUGUUGAAGAUAUUCAUCUGAAACUUGGUACACAUGUAAUUUGAAAAUCUGUAGCAAGGCCCACGACUCAGCCUUUAAUAGUUGUUCAACUAAAAAGUGAAACAACAGACAAGUUGCUUUGGUUAGUGGUGCACUUACGGGUGUUUGAUAAAAUAAUUGAAUUGUGAAUCAGCUUGUAAUGCCAAUGUCUAGCUUUCAAUUGCUUUUACUGUCUCAAACUUUGAACCUUGUUGUGAUAUUGGACGCGCCAUGUUGAUUAUUUAGCCUCUAUGUUGGUGUAAAUGUAUUUAUAAGAAAGAAUACUAGGGACGUGAUUUUGAAUACGUUUAUAAAUUUAGAUUUAUUUGAUUAUAAUUAGCUCUAUGUCAAUUAUUUAAACUGGGCAGGUAUUUAUUAAACAUCUCAAAUCAUUACUUAACUCAAGGCAAAUUCUUAAAAUUUUCAUAGUUAAAUUAAUAGAAAAGUGUAAGCCUUCAUAUCAAAUAACCAGUGUGAUACUUAACUUAGCAAAAUGACUUAAUUUCAGAAAUGAGUUCAGAUGUUUUAUGAAUAUCAGUCCAAUGUUUGGCAUGUGAUGCAGAUGUUCGGUUUAUAAAGUAGUAUGAAUAUUUUGACACCAUUGAUCAUGAACCAGUGCAGAACUGAAUUAUAUAAUAGACAUAUAGACAUGAUACAUUCCAUUUUGUUUGACACCAUUUGCGGUUUCUGCAGUGUUUUGUCUUCAUACGCCCACACAAAUGGUCUUUUUUACCAGACCUUCCUUAUGUUAUUAGUAACAAAUACAAUUUAAUUUUCUCUUUCUGUAAUGUAUACUACUGAAUUCGCUACCAUUCCUUUAUUUGCUGAGGAUUUCAAAAUUGCUGCAGAUUUCAAAAUGAUAUACUAAAGGAGUCUGAAGUGUCUUUGUAAUAGUUAGAUGACAUAAAGUAAUAAUCUUAUUAUUAGGAAUGGGCAGGGUAAGUCUAGCCAACAAGCCCUUCUUGAUUAAGAAAAUAUUACUUCAUGUCAUCUAACUGUCUUGGAAUAACACCUCAUUGGCUGAAACAUUGUCAACGCAAAAUCUGACGCAGGGAUAGUGUAUGGGAUGAGUGGCAGUAGGCAGACAUUUAAACAGCCCUGAAAAUUUAAAUUCUUAAUGAUUAAACCUAGUACUUAAUGAUUAAUCGCCUUUCUGCAAUUUUAUUGGCUGAACUUCGUAGGUUGUUUUCUAAACACUUAAAACCACUGUUUUUUCAAAUGUAAAAUGCAUGGAUUAUGCUGGUGGCCAUCAUUUACAAAAUUACUGUAGUGUUAACUUGACUUGUGGCCUUUAUCUGGGUUUUAUCGUGACAACCUGCAUUUUAAAGUGUUUUUGUCCUCUUUAAAUUCAGUCUAAAUGACAGUCCAUUUAAUUGUAUUUGUAUUUUUGUAUUGGGCAACAAUAGGAUUGUUAACAAAGACUCAUGUUUUGCUAGCUUAUUUACAUUAAGUGACACUGCUAGAAAACCUGAAAUAAAUGUAUUUGUUUUCUAGCUUACAGCCUAUUCAUCUUCAGGCUGUUUUCCAAACACAAUUACUAGUAUUUAUUUAAGCUCUCAUUACAUCAUUUAAUUGCAAACAAUACACAUAAUUAUUUGAAAGAGGUCUACAUGAUCCAUUGUCAAGUUCAAGCACUAUAUGAUGGCUCAUGUAUGCACAUUUGGAAGACAAGUAAAUUAUAACAAUAGAUAUAUACUGUAAAUUAUAUAUGAAUUGUUUUCUUACAUAAUCUAGUUUGAUAUUUGCUUAUUUGUGACUUUAAUAGUACAAAGUUAAUAUUAUACUGUUCAUUCAACCAAACUCAAAUAAUAAUUGCAUAAUGACAUAGAUCAACCUAAGUUCAAAAGGAAAGAAAAACUGACAAAAAAAACCUGGAUAUUUAUUUAUCUUGACAUGAAGUUUAUUGGGUUGAGUUUUUUUCCACAAUUUUACUAAUAUGAUAUAUUGUCCAUAAAUGUGCAUUUUCUGAUGAAAAUUGUAUUCUAGUCUCCAUUCACAUAAGUGUUCUUUUUGUAUUCUCAAAACUAAAUGUGUCCCAGUAUAUUUAUGUUCAAAAAUCUGUAUAGCAUAUUUGGAGAGCUCAUGUCCCCGAAGGCACCAACACAAAAAAAUUGUAUCAAGAUUUGUGUAGCAUUUUUGGAGGGCUAACGUUUAUGAAUGGAACAACACAGAACUUUGGUAUAAAGAAUUAAACAUUUUGUCAGUCCCUUUAACCCUUAAGCUGCUGAUGGCGAUUUUAAAGGCUUUGCAAACAGCUUGGAACCAGACCAGGCACCUGGUCAGGUUCCAAGCUGUUUGCCACUCAGUCAAUAUAUCCCCAAAGUUUUAAGUAAAUUGAAAGAAAUUUAGAAUAAACCAGACGACAUUUUUGAGGAGAUGACAAUUUACCCAGCAUGCAAAGGGUUAAUAUAUUUUUGUCCCAAUUGAUCCAUUGAAAAUCUAAAAAAAGAGAGUGAAUGAUUGAACCUGAUAUAAAAGUUCAAUAGCAUGAAAUGGAAUUCAGUGUGACAUAAAAUGUUUCAAAAGCUAUACACAAGUCAUCGUAGACUGUAUUUUGUCAUAAUUUCUGAACCUGAAAUCAGGUUUCUAUACAAUAUACAUGUAGUUGUACGUUGAAUGUUGAAUGUCAUGGCAAAGGAAGAAUCUGGUAGACUUGCACUUACUCUGCACUCAUAAAAGUUCCUAUUUUUUAAACAAGACAUAUCAGUUGGGUUUAUGUGAAUAUUUAAUGUUGUGUCAAUAUUUAUUUUUGUGAAUUUUGUCGGUGUUUUUUUCUCUACUUGAGAGCAGAUAUUUAAAUGCACGUCUGCUUGCUUUUAGGCGAUUUAAUUGCAAGCUUGUAUGGAAUAUUUGCAUAUAGUUGAAUUGAUAACCUUUUUGAAAAGCAUAUCCGACCACAAUCAUCCAUUACUUUUUAUUUCAAUAUAGGAAGAAAAAACAAGAAAUAAAAAAUGCCCUAAAUGCAUCAUUUUGGACAAAAAUUUGUUAAAAUUUUCUUUGGAGAGUACGCUCAAACCCUCUGCCAACAUUUAAAACCAAAUAAAUUUGGUUGUGAGGCAGGGGUGCAAUUCAGAAGGUAACGUUCCUACUUUGUCUCCCCUCAAACAUCAAAUCCUGGAAUCGAACCUGAUAUCAUUUCAAGUUAUACAAGCUUCUGUGUGAUCAAAGAUGGGCCUUUUUAACAUAAACUGAUACAUUAUUGUUUGUAUUAUUUUUCACAUGUCAUAGUAAACACUUCCAUUAGUUUUUUAACACUAAACAUUGAUAAUAUGCGCCUUAAAAUAUUUCUCCACUGCUGUGCUUAAAUGAUUUCAAGUGUAAAACCAAUGAUGCCUGUUUUGGUAAAUAUUUCCAUGAUGGAUUGGGGUUUAUGUAAUGCAAAUAUUUAUACCAGUGGGUCACAGACAUUGUUUAAACCAGUUUUGUAAGGCGUUGGGACCUCGGCUUAAUGGCAGAUUAGUUUAUAUUGUAAGGCACAUAUGCAGAUAUAAAAUAUAAAUGGAAACACUUCAGUCAAUCUCAUAGAAAUCUAGUUUUAAUGAUGGAAAUGCAAACAUUCAAAAAAGGGCUACAUAAUAUUAUAAAGACAGUUGUAAAAUACUUUAUUGAACAUUAAUGAAAGUUAAAAAGAAAAUGAAUGCUUUUUUAUAUACAAUUAUGAAGCAAGACAGUGUUAAAGUUUUACAUCAUGGCAUUAGAUGAAGUUGAUAAUUUCCAAUUUAUUAAAGUCUUAUGCAAACAUGACCUCAACUUUGCAUGGUCAAAAUAUGCAUACAUGUUCAUCAGAAGAUGUAAUAAUGAAACAGAAUGUCUGCUUAUACUUAAAAAAAACUUGACUAAAGGGAUCUGCAAUAAGAGUAGCCAUGUUUUAUCAUAGAAAAUGCUUACUUUACAGUGGCAGAAAAUAUCAGGUAUUUAGAAAAUUUAAUUGAGAUUCAGUUUCAGAUUUUCACUUUAAACAAAUCUUCUUUCUGAUCUUGCAAAGAUUUUGUUUUUGACUUCUAAUUCUUAAUUGCAUACCAUUCCUUUAAUACCAUUGAAUGUCAUUAAUACCAGGUUUCUAUUAAGAGACUCAGACUCUCUUCUUCUUCAUCCCUGUUUCAUGAAGCAAACUUUUAUUUACUACUCGGGACCAAGAAAAGAGGGGAAAAGGGAUAAAAAGGACUUUUUCAUCAUAAGUAUUGAUUCUGUUUGUAAAACAAUAAAAUGAGUUGAAUAGGUUAUAAGUGAUGAUCAUGGUAUGGUUUAUCUGUAUUUUUAACAGAGUCAUUUUGAAAAGGCAUGAUUUGGGGGUUUUAAAGUAAAGUUUCUUACGAACAUAUGUUUACUUAGAAAUUGUAUUUCAAUAUGUUCACCAAUGUGGCAUUAUACGCCUUAUCUUUUUUGACAUGAAGUCUCAUGUGUUAGUACUUGUAAUGAUCAUUAUUUCAUAUUUAUUAACAAAUAUGAGUUGUUGCUUGAUUGUUUGAAUAAAACUUGAAA